CCAAGCAGAGGAAAAUGUCUGGCGACAGCAACAUGAGGCGGCAUUUGUUACUCGCAAUUAGAUGCACUGUAUUCUGCCAGCAGACGGGCGCACUCCCGGCGCUUUUCCAACCCCCCAAUGGCCCCUUCUCGGCUUUGGUAGCGGACGCGGACGAGACGAGACGAAGGCCCGCAAAUGUCGAACGAAAAUUGCACAUAAAAUGCAAUUUACCAAAUGUUUUCCUCAACGUUUGCGUUGCGAAAUUUAAUUAAAACAGCAGCCACAACAACCACAAUGAAAUUAAAUGCUGCAGAUCAGUGAGCGACAAGAGCGAGUGCCAGAAGAUCCUCGGUUUGGGCCAGGCCAAGUAAAAACAUCAAAAGUCCAAGUCAAGUGGCCCAACAUCAAAACGAAAACAAGAAAACCAAAAACUAAAAACUAAAAGCACGAAAACUAUCAAGAGAAGGAAUUACUCAGACUCUGCACAAGCGAAAUGGAUUUACAAAAUGCCAUCGAAAAUAGUGAAGAAACAAUGUCGCCAACGAGCGUUUUUUAUGGCGGCCAUGAGCCGGAAGUGCAUGCGAAAUCUGUCGCACCAGCAAACUGGCAGCGGACAGCGUACAUCGGACUCAGACCCGGACCCAGUGGACACACGGCGACCUGCCCGGCGGCGCCAGUUGCAUUCGGAAUGGAUCAGUGGACGGGUGUGCACCGGGCGUUCGUCAUACGCGCCUAUUACAAGAGCAACGACUCCAUCAGCAGCGCCCAGCGGCUGUUCAAGAAGCAGUUCAGCAUUUACCAGACGCCGCCCACGAAUGUGAUCAAGUCCUGGCUGAGGCACUUCGAGAGCACAGGAUCCUCGCAAGGAGGUUGUGGGGGCUACGCGCGGUCCUCGCUGCCGCAAAUCUUCUGCACCAUUUGCAAUCAAUGCCUGAGUAAUGAGAAAAACUUUAGCGGUUCCGUGAAGUGAAUUAAAUUGAAUAUGCACAUGGCGCAUAAGUUAAUCUGUUUAUCGUAUAUAAGUUAGUGUGUAUGGUUCGCAAAUAAAUUUCUUGGCUAAUUAACAAGCUUGCCAAAUCAA